CAUUAGUCCAAAUUCACCUUUGAAACAGAGCUUGAGUUUACUUCAGUAAAAAUAAAAAAUGGCCCGUACCAAGCAAACUGCUCGCAAAUCCACUGGUGGAAAGGCUCCAAGGAAGCAGCUAGCCACCAAGGCUGCAAGAAAGUCAGCUCCGGCUACCGGAGGAGUGAAGAAGCCUCACCGUUUCAGGCCAGGAACUGUAGCUUUAAGGGAAAUCAGGAAGUACCAGAAGUCUACUGAGUUGUUGAUCAGGAAGCUUCCUUUUCAGAGGCUAGUGAGGGAAAUCGCUCAGGAUUUCAAAACAGAUCUGAGGUUUCAGAGCAGUGCUGUGGCUGCUCUACAAGAGGCUGCUGAGGCUUACCUCGUUGGUCUCUUUGAAGAUACUAAUCUCUGUGCAAUUCACGCCAAGAGGGUCACUAUCAUGCCCAAAGAUAUUCAGCUUGCUAGGAGGAUCCGUGGAGAAAGGGCUUAAGAAGAAACUUUUAAUGGUUAAAGUUGAUUAGGGUUUGUCUGCUAGGGUUAGUGGUGUAAAUCCUAAUAGAUAAUUUUAGUUGAAGUAGGUGUAAACUGUUGGUUUACCAGUUUCGGGAUCUGAUUAAUGAAAAUUUUGUACCUUUUCUUUUGAAUCUAAGAUCUUGCCCUUACGUCGGCACUGAUGAAUUCCAAUGAUUAACGAUUGAAGCAAUACACAGUGUUUCUUGA